CUAGACGCGUAAAAUGGACAAAAUCAAUUUCUUAAGGCCAACUGAAUAUUUCGGCUACGUCGCUGAGAUGUAAAUAAGGUUAGGGGACGUGAUUGUUGGCGAGAUUGCAGGUUAGGGUUAGGGGAUGAAGAAAAAAGUAGAGCAUUUAACAGAUUGAAACCACUGUGUGUCACUGUGACGAAACAACCAUGUCGAGAAUCCAUACAGAAACUACACCAGGAACUGAAGGUCACUGAUCAACAUUUACUACAAGAUCUACAGGAAUAUAUUUUAUUUCCUCUACGACUUGUAUUCAAGCAAGUUAAAACUGUCCAACAAGAUGUCUAUAUUGAUGUAUGUGAGUGUAUGAUGUUUGUAUUUAGUGGAAGUAAAAUCACUAACUGGCAGAUGUUUACAGAUUUAUUUACAACUUUCUGUUGUAUGAUUAGUUCACCACAUGAUUCACUGCCAGUGACAGCUUCUAGUGAAGAAUUAAAAUUGGUUAUAUUGAAAACUCUUACAGCUCUAGUUGUAAAUACAGAAUGGAGUGUUUUAAAGAUGUUAUAUGAACCAAAAUCAUUACCAGCUCUGGGUCACGCUGUUUCUGUGGUCCUGAGGGAAUCUGAGGUAGAAAGAUCUAGAGAUCUACAAAUUACAGCCAUUGUAUGUCUGUGUUCACUUGCACAAAUUAACAGAAAACUUGUUAAGAGUGAGAGAGUAUUAUUGGGUGAUGUAUUUGCAUCGUUUUUACCGGGUAUUACAAUGACAUUAUCAAGAAUUAUUACUGGUGAUCAGAAACAAGGACAGGCUGUACUAGUGAAAGCAUUGGAUACAUGGGCCAGAAUAACAUCAUUAGUUAUGUCAGAUGAAGCAGUUGAUAUAACAGAAACAAAGAAUGGAAGCCUAAAGACUAAUGAAGUUGAUGAGAAAAUUAGAGACUUGAUGAUAAAAAGGAACAAAGACUGGUUGACAUCCACCUCAACUAAAUUAUUGAUAUUAAUAAAACAAAUAACAACUGUUAAAACCCACAGUAACUGGAGAGUGAGAUUAGCUUUAGUAGACUGGGCAGAAUUACUGCUGAAAAAAUGUUGCAAAUCUAUGAAAGAAUGUGUUCCUGCCUUGUUAGAAGUCUUAGUUGGAUUUAUUGGUGAUGAUUAUAAAAAUAUUAAAACGAAAAGUCUGGAGUCUUUAAAUGAGUUUAAACAGAAGCAGAAGGAUGUUGGUGAAACGAGAGCACUACAAGAAAUGUUAUCAGAUAAUCUACACAGUCUUACGACAUCUUUACCUCGACAAAUACAUAUAGCAGAUGAAGAUGAAAAGUUAGCUAUCGUAAAUCUACUUAAUGGUUAUUUAACUCUACUGGGUCCAGAUAUCAACCAAGUAUUAAAGUCUAUUGCUCAUCUUAGAAGAUUAUCUUUGUCCUUAAUACAAGUUCUAGAGUUUGAUUGUACAGAUAUCAGAAUAAUAGACCACAAAUCACAGUCUAUUGUUAAAGGUGGGAUUCCAUCAGAAGCUGAUAUAAUGAGGCCAAAACAUGUCUUCAAACAUUUCCGUGACAAUCAAAUAGCGACUGCUCUUAUUCAAUCUUGUCAUCUACUUGGACAAUAUGGUGAUAUAGACUUACUGGUAGAUCAUAUGAUGGACAUGUUACAUGAAUCAAGUAUUUAUCAACUACAAUCUGUGUUUAUUAUCAAUCAGAUCAUUGCUGGUUCAGUUACUAAAGAUAAUGUUUCUCUGGUUAUUGAUAUAAUAAGGAUGUUAGUUGAUGAGUAUCUAUCUGAUGAUAAUUUUAAUAUUCCAACAUCUACACCACCCAAAUCAACUACACAAUUUGAUGAACACCCAUCUAGUCUGUGCCUAAACAAGGGGGACAACUCUAGUUUAACUCUAGCCAAUAUGAACCAUAAUAUCAUGAAAAUUUGUCUUUUAAUUGAAGGCAUUGGAAUAUUUGCAAAGGUUUUAGGUGAAGAAUUCAGAUGUUUACUAAUGGAUGUUGUUUACCCGUUAUUAGAGAAACUUGGACAAGAUAAUACAUAUAUCAGUCAUACAGCAUAUUAUAGUCUUAUAGAGGUUUCUAAUUCCUGCCAUUAUAGCUCAAUAGAUGAACUAAUCCGAGAAAACUCGGAUUAUUUGGUAAACACAAUAUCUUUAAAGUUACGACGGUUUCAUCAUGAUAACCAUGCACCAUUAGUUCUGCAAGUUAUGAUAGAAUAUAGUAGUGUGGAGUUACUUCCCUUGAUUCAUGAUACCAUUCAAGAGAUUUUAGAAUCAUUAGAUAAUAAUUAUGAAGAUAAUAGUUCUGUGUUUUUACAAGUCUUAAAAGAACUAGUGGUUUCUAUCUUAAGAUGGUUUCCUUUUAAAGAUAAAGAGAAUGUCAAAGAAAAGAACUACCAAUCUGAAUCUGAUCUAGCUUCAAGUCUGAAACAACUCCAACAAGAUCAGCAACCAGAUUCAAAACAAAGUUUAACUUUGAAACAGAUUGAAGAGUAUUUUAUUGAUUAUCAUAAAACCAAACAGAUAGCUGAUGGGGAUAUAGAUGAUAUUGAUAGUGGGGAUACGAUGGAUGCUGAUGACAUUCAAGAUGAGGAUCAGGAGGGAGACUGUGAUAAAAAAGAUCUUCCUUUUCAUAUAGAGGCUGUUAAAGAGAUACUACUGCGAACGAAGCACCUGCUGUCUUGUAAUAAUCCACGAUUGAGAUUGUUGGUAUUAGAUAUCAUACAAUAUUCUGUUCAAGUUUUAUAUAAUUAUCAGGAAGAACUUUUACCAAUGCUGCAUGAAAUUUGGUUGCCAUUUGCUCUUCGUUUUUCUGAUGAUGAAAAACUUGUAACUCUCAAGGCCAUGGAAACAUUAAGAAUAAUGUCAGAUUGUUCAGGAGAUUUUUUAAUGAAGAGAACUAUGAAAGAUAUCCUUCCUUCAGUUAAACGAUUUCUGCUAAACCAGGCUAAAAUCAGUUAUCAUUGUGGAUCUAUGUACACCUUCACUGUUAACUAUAAACUACAGUUGACAUUCUUAACCAAUCUUGGACAGCUAGCUUUAAAGUUACAGAUAAAUGGUAAUGAUCUGAACCUGAUUACUUCCUGUUGUCUACCAUAUCUGAAUAUAAAUCAACCUAAAACAUUACAAGCGGCCAGUGUAAAUUGUUUCCAUGACUUUAUCAAGUUGGAUAAAGAUGUAAUAUGGUUUACUUUAAAUAAUCUUUACACACCUCAACAACUGACGCCACCCUCUCCUGCUUUUACACCAAUACAGUUUAACAGGAAGGUGUCUGAAGAGAAUGAAUAUAGUAGAAAUGUGAAAAUCUUACUGCCAUUUACAGAACAGGGAUACAGUUGAUAAGAUUGUUACAGUGGUUGAAAUAAAGAUACUGUUGAUAAGAUAAAAUGGUGAAACAAUUUUUAUCUUAAAGAUAAAAUGUCAAUAAAACAAAUGAAGAGAAUAA